UUAGCUGCUGGAACAAUAUGUCUAUCUUAAGACAAUGUGGUUCAAUGGCUGGAAGGCUAAUGCAGCCACAACGACAACUUGUGGCCAGGGGAUCCUUUGGCUUGUUGCCAGCAGCCUUUAACAGAGUGACUGUUCCUGCAUUGGAUUAUGUGACGCCAAUGAAUUCACGCGGCCACAAAAAUUUCGGUCACAAAAAAGAGAUUACACCUAAGUUUACUAAAGUAUACCAUUUGAUUAUUGGUACCCUGUUUGUGAUUUCCAUAACGGAUUUCAAGAAACUCAAACGUAUGAUAAUGCCAAAAGUCGAUGCUGACGCAGGCGUUGAACCCGCCGAUGUUGAGAAAAAAUCCCGUAAGAAGGACAAAAAAGCCAAAGAUACUAAAACUGUUACCGAAUCCGAUAGCGAUAGUGAUAGCGAUGCAGAAAGUGAAAAUGGCAAAGACGAUACAAUCGAAGAAAAAACGAAAAGUACCCGAUCGGCAAAAGAAAAAGUUGGCUUUCGCGAAAGAAAGAUUGUUGAAUAUGAAAAUCGUAUUCGACAAUUUUCUACGCCAGAUAAGGUAUUUCGUUAUUUUGCCACAAUACAAGUGGCAACGUCAGACGAUCGUCAUGAAAUAUUUAUGACACCCGUAGAUUUUCUAACAAGUAUGACACCGGGUAUGAAACAACCAGAGGGUUUGGGUUUAGAUCAAUACCGCCGUUAUGAUCCCAAGCAAGCCCCCGGAAAGUCUGUUGGUGAAAGUCUAAAUUUGAAUUUGGAAAAGAAUAGUAUAUUCUACAAAUUGGGAUCAUAUGGCCUGAUUACAUUCUCUGACUAUAUAUUCCUUCUAACCGUAUUGUCAACAUCACGCCGUCAUUUUGAAAUUGCCUUUCAAAUGUUCGAUUUGAAUGGUGAUGGCGAUGUUGACUGUGAAGAAUUCGAAAUGGUGGCAACAUUGGUGCGUCAACAAACCAGCAUUGGUAGCCGUCAUCGUGAUCAUGCCAAUACUGGCAAUACAUUUAAGGGCGUUAAUUCAGCCUUAACCACCUUCUUCUUUGGACCAAAUUUGGAUAAAAAAUUGACUAUACAAAAAUUCUUGGAUUUCCAACAUCAAUUGCAACGUGAAAUUCUAUCACUGGAAUUUGAGCGUAAACAUCCCGAUGAAAAUGGUCGCAUAACCGAGGCAGAUUUCGGAGAACUUCUAUUGGCCUAUGCUGGUUACCCCUUGAAGAAGAAACAAAAGAAAUUGAAGCGCGUCAAGAGACGUUUCCGUGACCACAGUAUUGGUAUUUCGAAAAAGGACUAUUUGGAUUUCUUCCAUUUCCUCAACAAUAUCAACGAUGUGGAUACGGCCCUGACUUUCUAUCACAUUGCUGGAGCUUCCAUUGACCAGGCCACACUUAAACAUGUGGCCAAAACCGUGGCAAUGGUAGAAUUGUCAGAUCAUGUCAUCGAUGUGGUAUUUACAAUUUUUGAUGAUAACAAUGACAAUCAGUUGAGUAAUCGUGAAUUUAUUGCCGUUAUGAAAAAUCGCGUACAACGUGGUUUGGAAAAACCCAAAGACACCGGUUUCAUAAAGCUAAUGCGUUCAAUGUUGAAAUGUGCCAAGGAGACCAAACCCGUGCUACUGGAUCUCUAAAAAGUCUGCCGAGGCGGGAAUUGCCUUGCCAUAAUUGUUAACAAUCUAUUUAUUCUU